GGUCAAGUUUGGUGACAACCCCUUCAGCCACGUUUACGUUCCAAUCAAGAAGCGCGACCUACGAUCCGACUUCAAUAUAACACUCGACUUUAGGACAUUUUACCCCAAUGGACUUUUACUCUAUAAUGAGGGGCGCGGCUCGGCCCGGCGGCCGAACGCGUCCGUCUCGACACUGACGCUGAGCCUGCGAGACGGCGCUGUCGUGCUGAACGUGCAGAAGGGCAGGAGAGGCAUGGAGUUCAGCACCAAGGGACAGCUCAACGACGGAGACUGGAAAAUGGUGACGCUGGAGAAGCGCCGGCGCCGGUACACGCUGCGGGUGAGCGGCGUGCCGGUGGCCAAGAAACGCGGCCCGCAAACGCUGCGGCCCGGCAGCGCCCUCUACAUCGGCGGCCUGCCGCAAGAGGGCGUCGACACGCUCAGCGUCCGCCGCCUGCCCGGCCAAAAGAAGCUCGAACUGCUGCAAACGGAGGGCUUCAAAGGCUGCAUGAAGCAGCUGGAGGUGCGCGGCCGGGUCAUUGACCUGCCAUCGCGGAGGAACAUCAUUCACAGGGUGGGCCAGUGCAUGGCCCGGGUGGAACUGGGCACCUUCUUCGCCGGGGACGCCUUCGCUACGUAUGAUGACAGUUUCCAGCUGGGGAGUAUUGUGGAGUUGGCGGUGGACUUUCGGACGACGGAGCUGAGUGGAGUGCUCAUAAGCGUGGCAGGACCGCCCGGCGGGCCGGCGCUUUCCCUCGAGAUCACCGACGGCCAGGUGGUCUUCUCAGUUCACAACGGCGGCUCCGAGCCAAUACGAGCUCGGCAAAAGUUCCCCACCAAGUUCACCGUGUGCGAUAACCGCUGGCACAGCGUCAAAGCCAACUAUGUCAGGUACCAGGCGACUUUAAAGGUGGACAGGUAUCCGGAGAGGUACGGCUUCUCGGCCAACGGACCCAGCCAGACGCCGAGCGGAGGCUUCCCACUAUACAUCGGCGGCCUGCCCGAGCGGGCCAGCAACUCGAUCCUGCUGCAGCCGGACAACUUCAAAGGCUGCAUCCGCAACAUCGAGAUAAACGGCGUACGCCGGGACUGGACCGACAUGGCGCAGCUGACCAACGUGCUGCUCAACUCGUGCCCCGUCGAAGUGUGAGGCCCGGGGUCCGGACCGCGCCGGACGGUGAGGACCAGGUUCCGGGCCGCGGCGAGCGGUGAGGACCAGGUUCCGAGCCGCGGCGAGCGGUGAGGACCGGGGCCC